AUGUCCAAAUUCAAAACCCCGCUCUACAGAAUGACCUCGCAGCAAAAAGAGACCGUAUAUGACCCCGCCGAAGAUACGUUCUUAUUGUUGGAUGGAUUGGAGAUGGAUAUCGACCGCAUUAAGCAUUCGGCAUUCAUCAUUGAAGUUGGAUGUGGCUCGGGUGUGGUGUCCUGUACCGAAACGACCCAACAACUGAAUAAUACCACAAAGAAUAUCGACCUGGUUCAGUGCGAUCUGAUCACGGCCAUAUCAGAUCGCUUCAACGGUCUCUUCGAUCUAAUCCUCUUCAAUCCUCCUUAUGUCCCCACUGAACCCGAAGAGAUCACUACGGCCAGUGACAUUGUGAGUUUAUUAUUUAUUACUUUACAUAUUAUUAAUAUACAUAUUAUUAUUUACUAA